AGCAUCUCUUCUCCAAAUGCGUACUCGUACAACGCCAUGUUGCAGGUUUACGCGGUGAACAAGAAGCCUGGCGAGGCCUUGGAGCUCUUCCAAAGAGCCACCACGAGAAAUGCCGUUUCGUGGAAUAUCGUGCUUAAUGCGAGCUUCUAUGGAGCUCUCCCCUGCUUCAUGCGGUAUCCUUGCUGGGAUAGCUACUCUUGCAAUUGCAGAGCUCAAGGCUGCUGUUGCCUCGUCAGACCUGUCGCUGCUGGAGGACGUCAGAGCACAGUACUUCAAGGCCUUUUGCUACGAUGAUGGAUAUGUCGACGCGAUUAUUCGAAGCAGCUAUACGUCUCUCAUGCACAGCCUUGGUACCCAUGGUCAUCUCGUUGAUGUUGCCGAGAAUGUCUACAAGCGAAUCCCCUCUCCGGAUGCUGCUGCCUUCAACGCUCUUCUCGCGGUUUACGUGAAGAACGGCUAUUACUCGCGAGCACAGAAGCUCUUCGCCGAAGGAGGGGGUGACAGGAUCGACACCAGGUCGUUCAACAUUAUGAUUUCCAGUUUGCCGCUGCUUGAAGACUCGGAAGCUCUUUUCGAACGGGCAAAGGAGCAGGAUGUCUUUACCUGGACAAGCCUUGCGUCAGCCUAUGUCCAGAACAACAGGCCAAAGGCAGCAGAUUUGACGAUCCGGAGGAUGAUCCAAGAAGGCAUCGAACCAACAAGAGUCGCGUUUCUCGUCUGGGUUGCUUGUGGUGAAGAGCUUGGAACAAUUGUACGCGACUUCGACUUCGUUCCGGAUGCCUCGCACUAUGGCCAAGUGGUCGUCAACCUUGCCCGAGGUGGGAAGUUUGCAGCGGCCGUGGAGCUUGCAAGCUGUUUGCCAGACGAUCCCGUGAACUGGAUCGCGGUUCUCUCUGCGGCAAGAAUGGUUGACCACGUGGUCUACGGCGAGAUUGCAGCAGAGAAGCUUCUGAGGCUCAAGAGCGACGAUGACAAGUCCCCCACCGUAUACAUCAUGCUGGGCAGCAUCUACUACAACACGAAGCAGUAAAAGAAGCUCAAAGAAAUCCUGGGAAAGAUCAAGAAACUCAAGUUGAGGAGGAUUCCGGGCAUCAGCACGGUCGAAGCAAACGGCAUUGGGAGGAAGUUUGUGGCAGGGGAUGAGUACGAGCCAGGGAUUCAUCUUCUUCUACAGCACUGGGACGACAUAAUGAAGAAAGAGCACGGAUACAAGCCAAUUCUCGCCGACGUUCUCGAGGAAGAGAAAGAAGAAGGGAUGUGCUUCCACAGCGAGAAGCUUGCGAUUGCCUGGGCGGCGAGCGAGACGGCAACGGGGCCAAUAACUGUGACCAAAAACCUCCGUGUGUGUCGGAAUUGCCAUAGCGCUACUAUGGCAAUGUCCAAGAUCAUAGGACGCAAGAUUGUGGUGAAGGAUGCCGCGACUACGCACACCAUCGUUGACGGCCGCUGCACUUGCAAUGGUAAGUGGUAAGCUUUCUCUUGAUCUAAGCUAGUUGCAAGGCUUUUCUAAUUCUCUAACGAGCUUUUAAAUUGUGGCACUAAUCACGAGGAAUCUGAAUCGGUACUUGAAAACUA